CGACAAGAAAACGCAUGAGCUCACAUAAAAUUAGGUGGAAGAGCAGAGGCGCAGAAGAGAGAGAAAGAAGAGAGAGAAAGUGCUGUGGCUCGCCCUCGCAAUCUCCCACUGAUCCAUCAUCAUCCAUCGAGGGUAUCUGCUCUUACACCCGGUGCAGAAAAUCUCGUUUGGUUUUUAUCUCUAAGGAGCCAAAUGAGCUUUUCAGGGUCUUCGAUGGGUUCUGGUUUGUUUGGUCUUCCUUUUCCUUUUUCUCCUUGUUGUGGGCAAACAGCUAGAAAGGCAUUUAACUUUGGAAGGACAUACGUGGUCAGGCCCAAAGGUAAACACCAAGCAACUGUUGUUUGGCUGCAUGGCCUUGGUGAUAAUGGUUCAAGCUGGUCGCAGCUGUUGGAGACCCUACCUCUUCCAAAUAUAAAAUGGAUAUGCCCAACUUCCCCUACACGACCAGUCAGCAUUUUUGGGGGCUUCCCUUCUACUGCUUGGUUUGAUGUUGGAGACCUUUCCGAGAAUGCUGCUGAUGAUUUAGAGGGUUUGGAUGCUACAGCUGCACAUGUUGCAAAUUUGUUGUCAACGGAACCAGCUGAUAUCAAACUUGGUGUUGGAGGCUUCAGCAUGGGAGCAGCAACUGCCCUCUACUGUGCAUCAUGCUGUGCUUUGGGAAAAUACGGGAAUGGCAAUCCUUACCCAGCCAAAAUAAGUACAGUCGUUGGGCUCAGUGGCUGGCUCCCAUGUUCAAAGACCUUGAAAAGCAAGUUAGAAGGGGAAAGUGAAGCUGUGACACGUGCUGCUUCAUUGCCCAUACUUCUCUGCCAUGGCACAAGUGAUGAUGUGGUGCCUUACAAGUUUGGUGAGAAAUCCUCAGGGACCUUGAAAGCUGCUGGGUUCCAAAAUGCGACAUUCAAAUCCUACAGUGGGCUCGGGCACUUCACAAUUCCCGAAGAGAUGGAUCAGGUGUGCGCAUGGCUAUCUUCAAAUUUGGUGCUCGAUGGCUCAUCAUAAGGUGACAAGACAAGUUUCGAGAAAUAACAACCGAGGAAGAGCUGGUGUCGAAGGAGAUUUGUUAAUGAUUGGGAUAAUUUAAUUGGGUGACCCGUAGUUUGUGCUGGUGAUUUCAAUGGUAUACGUACGUUGGCUAUGAGUUUGGUUCUCCUGCUGUCUUUUUCGUAUUAUUUGGCACAUUGGAACCUCAUGAACUCCCGGUGGUGAUUCAUGGUAUCUCAUGUAAACAUACGGUUUGGGGUGGCAAUACCGGGAUUCUGGAAAUCUUAAUUUCAUGUUUGCUUAAGUGCA